AUGAUCGGUGUGACUGGUGUUACAGAGGAGAUGUUGCGGGAGUUGUACGAGGCGUUCGACGUGCACCAGCGCGGCGGCGUAGAGCGAGGGGUGAUGCGGGAGAUGAUGCUCUCCGGCUUCUCCAACUACGGCGCGCCCUGCAGCGAGAGGUGUGUGGACCGCCUGUUCGAGCACGUGACGCCGUUCCACAUCCGCCGCCACCUGCGGAAGGGCGAGGAUGAUGAGGAAUUGAUGUCAUUCAACGAGUUUUGCGUUCUCUUCCUGAUGUGGCUGCGAAUCUAA